UCAAGAUUCACUGCAGUUCUUGGCGAAUCUGAUUAAGAGAAAGAGAGAGAGAGAGAGACUCGCCGAUGGAGAAGCUUCGAUGCCAGAGGAUCGGCUGCAACGCCUUUUUCACGGAGGAUGAUAAUCCAGAAGGUUCCUGCACUUAUCACGAUUCGGGUCCCCUAUUCCAUGACGGGAUGAAAGAGUGGAGUUGUUGCAAGAAAAGAAGUCACGAUUUCAGUUUGUUUCUAGAAAUUCCGGGGUGUAAGACAGGGAAACACACAACAGAAAAACCAGUUUUAACAAAGCCAGCUUCUGCUGCUCCAAAUAGACCAGUUCCUGCUCCAACUACCACGCCCAGUGCAUCAUCCAAAGAAAAUUGUGCUAGGUGCCGCCAGGGUUUCUUUUGUUCGGAUCACGGUUCUCAACCCAAAGAGGUUAAUCCAAAAUCAUCAAAUACGGUAGCUUCUACGUCUAAUGAAAGCAAUCAAGAUUUACAUGAGAGCCAUCCACCUCCUCCAAAGAAGGUAGUUGAUAUAAACCAGCCUCAAACUUGUAAAAAUAAGGGAUGUGGCAAGACCUUUACAGAGAAGGAAAAUCAUGACACUGCUUGCAGUUACCACCCUGGCCCUGCUAUAUUCCAUGAUCGGAUGAGAGGGUGGAAAUGCUGUGAUAUUCAUGUGAAGGAAUUUGAUGAGUUCAUGGCAAUACCGCCUUGCACCAAGGGAUGGCACAAUGCUGAUCCAGUGUCGUAAUUGGGACGUGCUGGCAAGACGCAUCAUUUGUGUUGUUCUAUCAAUUUUGAUGUUGCUGUAACGGAUUUCUUUUGGUCAAACUUUUUUAUGCUUCUACAAGUCUUGAAACUAAUUUGGCUGAGUUGGUGUGGCUUCAUUUCUUAUCAGAACUGCAAACCCAGUCCAUAUUGUGAUUUUGUUGACAUUACAUUUUAGUUUUUAUGUAAGGGGAACUUUGGAUGAUGGCAAUUGGCAAAUUGUAUGACCCUCAGUCAGGUUUACAUUGAGAUGACUUCUACA